AUGGCAACUCCUGGCGGUUAUAUUGCUAACUUCUUCAUCAUUUUGUCCGUGUUGCUCAUGUUUUUGAGCUUAACGGGGGCAGAUUACAAUGUGGUGAGCUACGGUGCGAAACCCGAUGGAGCCACCGACUCGACCAAACCCUUCCUCAAGGCAUGGGCAGCCGCCUGCAGGUCUGCCAAGGCCGCCACCAUCUAUGUUCCCAAGGGGAGGUACCUGCUCAAGGCGGUGGAGUUUCGGGGACCAUGCAAGAGCAGGAUCACAGUUAGAAUGGCUGGUACCCUGGUGGCUCCGUCCAAUUACUGGGCACUCGGGAACUCCCUCCACUGGAUCCUCUUCAUCCAUGUUGAUAAGAUUACGUUCCUCGGAGGCACUCUCGAUGGUCGCGCUGCUAAAUUCUGGGCUUGCCGGAAAUCCGGACACAGUUGCCCACCUGGUGCAAGGUCGAUCACUUUUAACUGGGCGAAUGAUAUUCUGAUAAACGGACUGACGUCGAUAAACAGCCAGAUGGCCCACCUCGUGAUAAACAGUUGCAACAACGUCCUUGUGAAAAACGUGAAGAUGAUUGCUCCUGACCACAGCCCGAACACAGAUGGCAUUCACGUCCAGGGAUCGGUUGGAGUCACCAUCAUGGGGAGUACCCUCCAGACGGGAGAUGACUGCGUCUCCAUCGGCCCCGGCACCAAGAAUUUGUUUAUGACUAACAUCAAAUGUGGCCCUGGUCACGGCAUAAGCAUUGGAAGCCUUGGGAGGGAGCAGAAUGAAGAUGGGGUCCAAAAUGUGACGCUCACAAAUUCAAUAUUCAGUGGAUCGGACAAUGGAGUACGCAUAAAAUCGUGGGCAAGGCCUACCACUUCUUUUGUGAGGAACGUCCUCUUCCAGAAUUUGGUCAUGAAGAAUGUGGAGAACCCUAUCAUCAUUGAUCAAAAUUAUUGUCCUCACAGCCAAGGUUGUCCGAACCAAAGUUCGGGGGUGAAGAUAAGUGGAGUGAUAUACAAGAACAUACGAGGGACAUCAGCAACUCAGAAUGCAGUGAUAUUCGAUUGCAGCACUAGCAACCCUUGCAGAUGGAUCAGACUGCAAGACAUAAGCCUGAUGUACAUGAACAAACCCGCGUCUUCUUCAUGCAACAACAUAGGCGGCACGAGCGCGGGUGUUCUAGUCCCCAAGAGCUGUCUCUAGUAAGGACCGGUCUCAAACAACAGCUGAAUGGAAGGGCGGUCUUUUCCUUUUUCUUUUCUUUUCCCAUUUUUCCAUUUGAAGAUAUGUUGUAAGUUAGUGUUAAUAUAUAGGUGCUGUAGGAAUGUACACCACAUGGAACAAAGCAAGUCUAUUGAAGCUUUGAAUUCCAUGAUCGAGUGUGCGAUUAAAUCGAUCCCGCACGGGCUGCUAGUUUCUUUAUCCUUUUCUUCA